AUGCAAACAUUUAUUGUUGUGUAUGCUCUUUUCAUAAGCGCUUAUUGUGUACCUAUAUUUGAUGAACAACUCAAUUAUCAAUGGUCUUUAUUUAAACGUGUUCAUAAAAAGCAAUAUACUUCAAUAAACGAAGAAAUGAUUCGUCGAAAUAUCUGGGAACAUAAUUUAGCUAAAAUUCAUCAACAUAAUCUUAAAGCUGAUUUGGGUAUUUAUAGUUAUACACUAGGAAUGAAUCAAUUUGGUGAUAUGAGUCAUGAAGAAUUUAAAAAACAAAUGAAUGAAUUUAAUAUAUCUGCUAAUAUGAAAAAAAAUAAAUUUGAUCAUAAUACAUUCUGCGCUCCGUCUGAUGUUGCUGUUCCACGAGCUGUUGACUGGCGCACAGAUGGCUUUGUAACACCAGUUAAUAAUCAAGGUGUAUGUGGUUCUUCUUGGGCUUUUGCAGCUACUGGUGCACUCGAAGGUCAACAUAAACGUCAAACUAGACAACUAGUUUCACUAUCUGCGCAAAAUUUAAUUGAUUGUUCAAGUGAUUUUGGUAAUGCAGGUUGUAAUGGUGGUUUUAUAGAUUCAGCCUUUCAAUAUAUUAAAGAAAAUGGUGGUAUUGAUACGGAAGAAAGUUAUCCAUAUGAAGCACGUGAUGGUCCAUGUCGAUUUAAUCUUACAAAUAUUGGUGCUAAUUCUACUGGUUUUCAUGAUAUUAAAUCCAUGGAUGAAGCUGCUCUUACAUAUGCUAUUGCUAUUAGAGGUCCAAUUGCUGUUUUUAUUGAUGCUUCACAUUCAUCAUUUCAAUUCUAUCGAUCAGGUGUUUAUGAUGAACCAAAUUGUUCAUCAACAUCAGUUGAUCAUUGUGCUUUAGUUGUUGGUUUUAAUGCAACCGAUAGUCAACUUUAUUAUAUUGUCAAAAAUUCAUGGGGAACAACAUGGGGUAUCGAUGGUUACAUCUGGAUGAGUCGAAAUAAGAAUAAUCAAUGUGGAAUUGCGACAAUGGCUAGUUAUCCUGAUGUUUAUUGA